CCCCUCUGAAAUCGUAGCAACCCUUUCGCGACAGCGCGCAAAUAAAAAUGGCGAAUCGCGACCGAUUCGCGAUGGUUUAGUGUUUUGCACCCGAUAACCGCGAUUUUUGCACGGAAAAUCACCGAAAAAUAUGACAAUAUAAGAAUAUCUUCGUGAAAAAUGAAUUUUCCUCCGUUCGGUAGUCAUUUUUCAACCGCUAUACCCUCGAUCCACCAGUUCGCUGCCAAGUUUACGCAGGACAAUUCACUAUGCACCACCCAAGAUAACAAUAGAUACACGGCCAAUGGGGUGCCUUCAUUCACGCAACAUCACCCAGCCACCCAGCAGCAAAUGCUGACUUCUGGAAAGUACCAGGGGAACUACAUGAACCAGAGCCUGUAUGGACAUCAAUCAAAUGUUAGGCAAGAAAAAAGAACUAGCUAUGAACAUCAAGAUUUGGCUCAGGAAUUGUGUGCUGUCAUGCUUCACCAAAAUCAGCAACAGCAGGAGAAACAGAAGAUAAAACAAGAUGAAAACGACAGAAGAUCUCAACAACACAAUCAACAAAUUCAACAACAGCAAAAUUUGAACCAAAACCAAUCGAUAAACACAACAACAGCGAUGCCAAGUGCCUGGCAAAGUUUGGCAACGCCUGGCUCCACAGUAGCCGACUACCUAUCUCACCUACCAGCUUCAACUUUACCGCUAAGUUUGCACCAAUUUCUAAAAUAUUCUGCUGAAAGCAUAAAAAAAGAGAGCGCACAACAAUUAAACAUGCAAAAUAAUUCCGAGGCAAAUUUAAAUUUGCUGCCAAAUAACGCUUUAGGUAUUAACGGUUUAAGUGUCAACAAUUUAAAUACCAAUAUACUGAGUACAAAUAGUAAUAAUUUGUCGAAUGGCGCAAUAAAUGGACUCGGUAACCUGUCCACCAUCAACACUGCCCAACUUGCACAAAGUAAUAUUACUAGUAAUGUUAGUAGUAAGAAGAAGAAAAAGAAGAAGCCUGAAAAAGAAAAAAAGCCUAGACCUAAGCCUGGCGAAAUCCGUCUAACAACGGCCCUGGACGGCUCCACCCUCUACUGCUGCCCGGAAUGUCACAUGGCGUACCCGGAAAAAGAGCUCCUAGAGCAACACUUAGUGGGACACACGUUGGAACGCCGAUUCGUGUGCGACAUAUGCGGCGCAGGAUUAAAACGCAAAGACCAUUUGACUCGCCACAAACAAUCGCACAACCCAGAACGGCCGUACGUCUGCACGGUGUGCCUGAAAGCUUUCAAACGCAAGGAGCAGCUUACUUUGCAUUUCGUCAUUCACUCCGGGGAAAAACGACACGUUUGCUCCGAGUGCGGUAAGGGUUUCUAUCGGAAGGAUCACUUAAGGAAACACACGAGGUCACACAUCGCGCGUAGGGUUAAGGCCGAGCUCUCCCAGCAAGGAAACGCGCCGGCAACGUUGCAUUUAGGCUUGGCAACGUCGAACAAUAAUACCGUAACUCAAACUAUUCAUUCAUAAAAAUGCACUGCUGUCUAAUAACAAGUAGUGACUACACUGAAAGAAAUAUUUUGGUAAAAUUAUCUGUUUCAGAACUGUUUUUGCGGAGCUAAUCUCUAACUCGUUCCGGGAAAUCUUUAUAAUACCUAAUUCGGCAUGCGCAUACAAUUUUGAGUUCAAAUUAUAAAAUGCGCAUGCAGCCUGAACUAGUUCUGGUUUAGCACAGCGAAAACAGCUAUACAAUGUCUGCGUAUAUUGUCUAUAUACAUUAGGGUGUCCCUUAUUUUUAUUUUUUACGCAUACCCUCUAAUUAUAUAUAUUACGUGUUUAUAUACUCCCAGUAAAAAUGUCGGCUCAUUCUAUGAACGGGAACCCGUGCCGACUUGCAUCUGAACCCACCGUUAGCCAACGUUAGGCGAGCGGUAUUUUGUAACACGGUUGGUCGCGAGGUCUUCGAUCGUAAAGCUGGAUUUAUAAACUAUAAAUCCGACUUUUCAUUUUGUGUUUGUUAUUAUGUGACCCUUAUAUUAUAAAUUAUUGACAAAUGUUAAAAUAUAGUUUUAUUUAUGUGUAUACUUUGAUAAAAAUGUAUAUUUUCACAGGGAGUGGCUAGUAACCCGGAAGGGUCUGGUGAAUAGGCCGUAAACUCUGAAAUUGAUAAACUUAAUGGGAUUUACUCUAAAUAACUAAAAUAGUCUAUUGUGAGAGAUGACUACCGAAAACUUAUUGAACUGUCUGAAAUAUUUUUGGGAGGACAUCAAGAAAAGAAAUGCUUAUAAAAAGCUGAAAUUUCAUAUAACACUAUAUUUUAGCAAUACUAAUUAGUAUAUUAAUAUAUUUAAGGGAUAAAAUCAACUAAAUUAGUGAAACAAAUGAUAGAAACAAAAGCAAUAAUAUUAAUUAGUAUUCAUAUUUAAUAAAAUCAUUAGAAAAAUACAGUCAUGAAGUGUAUCUUCUUUUUAAAGUGUUUCGUGUUACAAAAUACCCCGCGCGCCUAACGUUGGCUAACGGAGGGUUUAGAUGCAAGUCGGCACGGGUUCCCGUUUAUAGAAUGAGCUGAAAUUUUUACUGGGAGUAUAUAAACAAGUAAUAAAUAUAAUUAGAGGGUAUGCGUAAUAUACAUAUAUUGUCUGUGUAUAUUGUCUACGAACUAUUUUCCUUUAUAAUCAAAGGAAAGAAAUUUUGUAUUUGCUCAAAUAUGUCUCGAAUUUUCCAUUUGUGGUUGAUUUUACCGAAAUGUUUCUUUGGUGUAUAGAGUUAAUACCCAACAAUUUAACUAGAGGUGUUUGGACGUACUAUAUUUCCUUAGAUUUUUAUCGGAUUCCUGUCAAAAUUUUUAGGCUGUGAAAAUUUAUAGUUAGUUAGGAUAUAAAAAUUCGAAACUUUUAAAAAAAGUUGGCUUCGUGGUGAUAUGUAGAUAUGAUUAGGUAAAAUUAUCCAAAUUAAAUGGACUGUAUUUGAGAAUCGAAAUAAAUUGUUGGGUAUUAUACAGGGUAAUCAGAAACUCUACUGUCAAACAAAAAUUUAAAUUUAUUAUGGGCGAUUUCAUGCCCAUUUGACAUCAUGCAAAAUAGAUUUCUAGAGGAUAGCUCUUUGGAUAUAACACCAUGAUAUUAUUAUUUUUAAUUAACUGGUUUAAAAAGGCAGAUACAAGAAGAACCAGAUAAAUCAUUUCAUAGAAUUAUUAUUAUUAUUAAAUUCUUUUAAACAGUUCAUUGAUGUCAAACAUUACAAAGUUAUAAACUGCCUGGAAAGUGUUGCUAAGCUAUAGGUACUGAUACUAUUAUAAGAAAUUUUCCGGACUGUGAAAUAAAUAUUUUUUUACAAAUGAGCAUAGGAACCUACAAUCGUUUAACAUUUUUCGUUUGACAGAAAAUUUUCUGGACCUGUAUUUCUUUUUGUUCCAUAUUUUUUCACAGAGUAUUACGUAGCUUCACUCUAGUCAUAACAAGGUCACAAUGAUUGUGAAAAAGACUACCUCAAGAUUAUGAUUUUUUAUUGUGAUAAACAUGUAAAAGUUAUUGAAAAAAAAUGCUCUGUGUAAAUACAUUUGAGUUGAUGGUACAAAAUUUUGCUUUAAAGAAAUAGUACAAAACUGUUAGUUUAUUUUAUAUAACAUUUUUAUUUAUUUAUUAUAAUAUUUUCAACACAUUGUUUACAAGAUACCUAUUUUGGCUUUAUUUUAUCAAAUUGUACUUAAUUUUAAAUACACAAAUGCAAAAUUUACCAAAAUACUGUUGUUUAUACCUUGGUUAAUAUUUUUUUAUAU